UGAAAUCCCAAGACCAUAAAAACUUUUCAGUGAUUGUGUUUCAUUUUCCUGCAAACAGGAACUCACAAAACAAUAGGACAGUGGUCAGAGAGCAAGCCCACUGAUAAAAUUCCUACGAAAAUGAGAUUGUUCUGGCUCAAAUAAAGUCUUUGAUAUGUUAGAAGGUGACAAGCAGAGGGGGGAAUAAGCGAGACAUUGUUACUUUUACUGCUCUCUCUUCACCUGCUGCUCAGAUGUCAAAUACUUUAGCUCAGCAGCAGCUUUUCUGUGGACCAAAAGUCUGAAAACAGCUGAAUAUCAGUGGGAAUGGAGCUGUCAGGGACUGUUUUCACUGUCAAAUUUGGUUUGAAAGCCUUCCGUCUACCUGAAAAGGGUUCUUCCAAGGGAUUCUAAAAUAUUUCACCAGACAAGACAAAAGAGCUUAGACUUUCUUACUUUGAUUACUUAAAAAACAUAUUAAAUGCUGAACCCCCACCCUAAAAGAACUUGUAAAACUAGCCCAUAAGUAGCUGGGAGCACAGACAUUUGGUGAGAUUGUCUGUUCCAGUGAACAUUAAAUGACUAAGCAUUUCUUCCUGGAUCACCUGAAUUCAUCUGGCAGGGCAGGUGUGGCACUAGAGAGGCUGGAGGGUGCUUGGGAACUCCUCGUGCAUUGUGCUCAGUUUGAAGAGUUCCCCCCUCUCGGAGACAUCAUGUCCGCUCUGCUUCUGUUCUUUCCCAUCUUGUUAGCCUGGACUGAAGGAACCUCAGCAGCUGAUGAUGGCAUGCCUUUCAUGGAGUACCUGGACCCAAACCGUUUGGUCUGCUUAAAGUGGGGCUUUGACAACCUAAAAGGUAACAUUACAUUUCAGCUGGCGGUCAACUCAACAGGCUGGAUCAGCCUUGGCUUCAGUCCAAGCGGAGAAAUGUAUGGAGCAGAUAUUGUCAUUGGAGGAGUUGGACCAAAUGGGAACUACUUUAAUGAUUAUCACGCCAAAGAGGAAGUCAUGCCUCUCCUGGAUAAGGAGCAGAGCUACACUCUUCUCUCUAUGAUGGAAAAUGAUGGCCAAACCAUAAUGACCUUUCAAAGAGCUAUUCAAAGCUGUGAUGAGGAAGACUUUCAUAUUACCGCCCAACCUAUUAAACUAAUCUACGCCUAUGGAACAUCAGAUGAGAUCAAAUACCACGGGCCUCGCAGAGGCACAAAGGAGGUGAACCUGCUCAACUAUGUGCCAAGGACGUCAAACGCGAAUGCAACAUAUCUGAGCGUUAAAGUGACCAAUGUCCCUGUCCCUUCCAACAAAACCUACUAUCACUGCAAAGUGAUGAAGCUUUCUGACUUGAGUACAAAGCAUCACAUUUACCAGAUUGAGCCGGAGAUUGAGAAUCCGGACAUUGUUCACCACAUGCUGUUGUACCACUGCCCCCCCACUGUGACAACACCAUAUGAAAAUCCGUGCUAUAGGGGUGACUUGGGGGACGUCUGCUUUGGAGUGGUAGCUGCAUGGGGAACUGGAGGAGGGGUAUAUGAGCUUCCUGAAAAUGCUGGUAUUCCUAUCGGUGGUGAAAACAAGAACAUUUUAUAUAGGCUUGAGAUCCAUUACAACAACCCACAACAGAAAGCAGGCGUUAUAGACAACUCAGGACUGAGACUGUACUACACAGACCAGCUGCGGCAGCAUGAUGUGGGUAUUUUAAACACCGGUGUGCUGCCAAUCCUGCCAGUGAAGUACAACAUCCCUCCAAAAGCCGCUGAAUUCCACACCUACGGCCUUUGUAACACCUCCUAUUUUUCUCAGCUUGUUAGUCCCAUGCCUGACCUUCAAGUGUUUGCCGUGCUCUUGCACACUCACUUGGCUGGAAGAAAAGUCCGAGUUGGCCACUUCAGAAAAGGAAAGCAGAUAGACUUUUUGGGUUUGAAUGAAAACUACAACUUUGAAAUGCAACAGACGGUAAAUUUGGGAAGCAUCAAGACGGUCAUGGAGGGAGAUGAAAUCAUUGUGGAGUGCACCUACAACACGGAAGAUCGGACUGGGCCUACAAAGAUUGGUCUAUCCACCUUUGAUGAAAUGUGCCUGGCCUUUCUCUACUACUACCCUGCAAUCAGUGUCACUUCAUGCUUGAGUCAACCAAACACAACGCUUUUGUCCCCCACAGAUUACCAAUCAUCUGACCUGAACGACCAUGCAGAGUAUGAGGAAAUGUUAAAGAACCUACCACAAAUUCAGUUCAUCAGUGAUGCCAAAAAGAGGCCUUUGGUGUACACAAACGCCUUCAUCAGAGAUAUGAUGGAGUCUCCCACUAUUAAAUGUGAGCCUAAAAAUGCAGCAAACGAGCUCUGCCCUUCCUGGAUUGCAAACAUAGGAGGAAUCCUACUUUCUCUGCUCUGGAUGAUUGUCUAAAGGGAUUACACGAGCAACGAAUGCAUCGACACAGCACACAAAAGUCUCUAAUAGACUGGAGUAACAGUUUUUGGAGCAUGUUAGAAGUUUAAUGACUGGAUUUUAAGAGUUACAAAAUUGAUUAAGCAAAAAAUUGUAUUGUAAUCAUAUUCACUCCUGCACAGUUGUUGCUUUACUGUUUUAGACAUAAUUUUAUUUAGUUUUUCUUAAUGAUUUUUAUGUAAGAAUACUUUUUUGGUUUAUUGAAAUGAUUCAAACUUUGGCCCAUUUAACCUUUAGGGAUUUUUUUUUACCCUAAACUUUAUUUGCAAUAAGAAUGGUGACAGUGUUGUACAUUUUCAUUUUUUUUCACAAGAAAAAAAAAGGUCAAGAAAAAAUAAGAAACAAAUGAGUGAUUUGUAACCUGCAAAAAUUGAUUUUUUUUUUGUAAAACAAAGUCUCACCUGGAAAGUUUUUUUAAUUAAAAUUGACAGAAGUUUUUUUCAGUCUGAGUUUUAAAUAUCUCAUUAAAAAGAUCUUGAUUUAUCAACCCUAAAAA